ACCCAUAUCCUAAACUUGAUUUUUAUAUAUCCUUCUCUUUGUAUUUACUGCUUGAUUCUCGUUUUCUCAAUUAGCCUAUUGAAGUUUGUGCAAUGGCCUCAGGCUCAACAUGGACUACCAAGCAAAACAAGCAGUUUGAGAAUGCUUUGGCCAUUUAUGACAAGGACACUCCCGACCGCUGGCAAAAUCUUGCCAGGGCCGUGGGUGGCAAAACUGUGGAUGAAGUGAAGAGGCAUUAUGAGAUGCUUGUCGAAGAUGUUAAGCAGAUUGAAGCUGGACAAAUACCUUUGCCCAAUUAUAAGAAAGCUGGAGGGAGCAACAAAGGAUAUAAUUUCCUGGAUGAAGAACAAAGCAGGCUGAAGGGUCUUAGGCUCGGUGAAGCAUGAAGCUAUAGCAGAAUCCAUGGAGUAAAGAUCCGUUAAUUACAAAAAUCAUAUGUGAUUUGCUAUCUAUAUCUCCUUCCUGCCUUCUCUUUCGUUCGUGGUGAUAAUUAUAAUGUAACAUAUAUUUCCUUUGUGCAACUUCAUUUGUACGGUCAAGGAGGAGUCACUUACUAAUGACUUCAACUCCCUCCUUCGCCAUUUAUGUGCUCUUUAAUCAUCUGUUCAAUAGCUUAUUAUAAUAGUUUGUACUGUUUAUAUUAUUCAAUGGACUUACUAUUAUUUAUAAUA